CUAAGUAUCUUUUAGGCCUGACCUCAAUUUUUUUCUUCUAGUUCAAAAGGUGAUGAUUUAUCAACAGCCAUUCUCAAACAAAAGAACCGUCCCAAUCGGUUAAUUGUUGAUGAAGCCAUCAAUGAAGAUAACAGUGUGGUGUCCUUGUCCCAGCCCAAGAUGGAUGAGCUGCAGUUGUUCCGAGGUGACACAGUAUUGCUAAAAGGAAAGAAGAGACGGGAAGCUGUGUGUAUUGUACUUUCUGAUGACACAUGUUCUGAUGAGAAGAUUCGAAUGAAUAGAGUUGUUCGGACAUCCAGCCAUGCCCUGAUGUAAAGUAUGGCAAACGUAUCCACGUGCUACCCAUCGAUGACACGGUGGAAGGCAUCACUGGCAAUCUCUUUGAGGUAUACCUUAAGCCCUACUUCCUGGAAGCUUAUCGACCUAUCCGUAAAGGAGAUAUUUUCCUUGUCCGGGGUGGGAUGCGUGCUGUGGAGUUCAAAGUAGUAGAGACAGAUCCCAGCCCUUACUGUAUUGUUGCUCCAGACACAGUGAUCCACUGUGAAGGGGAGCCAAUCAAGCGAGAGGAUGAGGAAGAGUCUCUGAAUGAAGUAGGCUAUGAUGACAUUGGUGGCUGCAGGAAGCAGCUAGCUCAGAUAAAGGAGAUGGUGGAACUGCCACUGAGACAUCCUGCACUCUUUAAGGCAAUUGGUGUGAAGCCUCCUCGAGGAAUCUUGCUAUAUGGACCUCCUGGGACAGGGAAAACCCUGAUUGCCCGAGCUGUGGCAAAUGAAACUGGAGCCUUCUUCUUCUUGAUCAAUGGACCUGAGAUCAUGAGCAAAUUGGCUGGUGAAUCUGAGAGCAACCUUCGUAAAGCCUUUGAGGAAGCUGAAAAGAAUGCUCCUGCUAUAAUCUUCAUUGAUGAGCUUGAUGCCAUUGCGCCCAAAAGAGAGAAAACUCACGGGGAAGUAGAGCGUCGUAUCGUGUCUCAGUUGUUGACCCUUAUGGAUGGCCUGAAGCAGAGAGCACAUGUGAUAGUUAUGGCAGCAACCAAUAGACCCAAUAGCAUUGACCCGGCCCUACGGCGAUUUGGUCGCUUUGACAGAGAGGUAGAUAUUGGAAUCCCUGAUGCUACAGGACGCUUGGAAAUUCUUCAGAUCCAUACCAAGAACAUGAAACUGGCAGAUGAUGUGGACUUGGAACAGGUAGCCAAUGAGACUCAUGGCCAUGUAGGUGCUGAUUUGGCAGCCCUGUGUUCAGAGGCUGCUCUGCAGGCCAUCCGGAAAAAAAUGGACCUUAUUGAUCUUGAGGAUGAGACCAUUGAUGCAGAGGUCAUGAAUUCCUUGGCAGUUACUAUGGAUGAUUUCCGGUGGGCCUUGAGUCAAAGCAACCCAUCAGCACUUCGGGAAACUGUGGUAGAGGUGCCACAAGUAACCUGGGAAGACAUUGGAGGCUUGGAAGAUGUCAAACGGGAGCUUCAGGAACUGGUUCAGUAUCCUGUGGAGCAUCCAGACAAAUUCCUCAAAUUUGGAAUGACCCCUUCCAAAGGUGUUCUCUUCUAUGGACCUCCUGGUUGUGGGAAGACCUUGCUGGCCAAAGCCAUUGCUAAUGAAUGCCAGGCUAACUUCAUCUCUAUCAAGGGUCCUGAGCUGCUCACCAUGUGGUUUGGGGAAUCUGAGGCCAAUGUCAGGGAAAUUUUUGACAAGGCACGGCAAGCUGCCCCCUGUGUACUAUUCUUUGAUGAGUUAGAUUCAAUUGCCAAGGCUCGUGGUGGUAAUAUUGGAGAUGGUGGUGGAGCUGCUGACCGAGUCAUCAAUCAGAUCCUGACAGAAAUGGAUGGCAUGUCCACAAAAAAGAAUGUGUUUAUCAUUGGAGCUACCAACCGGCCUGACAUCAUUGAUCCUGCUAUCCUAAGACCUGGCCGUCUUGAUCAGCUCAUCUAUAUCCCACUUCCUGAUGAGAAGUCCCGUGUUGCCAUCCUGAAGGCUAACCUGCGCAAGUCUCCAGUUGCCAAGGAUGUGGAUUUGGAGUUCCUGGCUAAGAUGACAAAUGGCUUUUCUGGAGCUGAUCUGACAGAGAUUUGCCAACGUGCUUGUAAACUGGCCAUUCGUGAAUCUAUUGAGAGUGAGAUUAGGCGAGAACGAGAGAGGCAGACAAAUCCAUCAGCUAUGGAAGUAGAAGAGGAUGAUCCAGUGCCUGAGAUUCGCAGAGACCACUUUGAAGAAGCCAUGCGCUUUGCUCGUCGUUCUGUCAGUGAUAAUGACAUUCGAAAGUAUGAAAUGUUCGCCCAGACACUUCAGCAAAGUCGAGGUUUUGGCAGCUUCAGAUUCCCUUCAGGGAACCAGGGUGGAGCUGGCCCCAGCCAGGGCAGUGGCGGUGGCACAGGUGGCAGUGUGUACACAGAAGACAAUGACGAUGACCUGUAUGGCUAAGUGAAAAGCCAGCAUGCAGCGAGCUGGCCUGGCUGGACCUUGUUCCCUGGGGGUGGGGGCACUUGCCCAAGAGGGACCAGGGGUGUACCCAUGGCCUGUUCCAUUCCUCAGUCUGAACAGUUCAGCUCCAGUCAGACUCUGGACAGGGGUUUUCUGUUGCAAAAAAAAAUUACAAAAGCGAUAAAAUAAAAGUGAUUUUCAUUUGGGA